AUGUCUUCUCGCGUGGGCCUCCGCUUCCUCAACAACACUCGCUUUGCUUUUCGCAAUGCCUCCGGGCCAUUCCGCCGGCCGGGUGCCCAGGGUUUCCGCUUCUCGAGCUCCGAAGCCGGUGCCGCAGAGCAGCAGAGCACCUUCCAGCGCAUGUGGAACAGCCCUGUCGGUGUGAAGACUGUCCACUUCUGGGCUCCCGUUAUGAAGUGGUGCCUCGUCAUCGCCGGUAUCUCCGACUUCGCCCGUCCCGCUGAGAAGCUCUCCCUCACCCAGAAUGCCGCCCUCAUGGGUACCGGUGCCAUCUGGACUCGUUGGUGCAUGAUCAUCAAGCCCCGAAAUGUUCUGCUUGCCGCCGUCAACUUCUUCCUCGGAUGCGUUGGUGCCGUCCAGGUUACCCGGAUCUUCAUGUGGCAGCGCAGCCAAGACGGCUCUUCCGCUGCUGCCGCCAAGGAGCUCGAGCAGGAGGCUGUUGGCUCCGUCAAGGCUGUUGCUGAUCAGGCUGAGAGUGCCGUUCAGAAGGUUGCCGACAAGGUUGAGAAGUCCACCUAA